AUGCAGUUGGUGCCAACAGACGAUCCUGACGAAAAGAUCCGUCGACCGUCGAAUGGCAUCCAAAGUACCACCCUUCCCACAGAUGGUCCAGUCACAGAAGAACACAAAGAUCCAGCAAGAGAACAAUGGUCUGGGAAGCUCGACUUCCUUCUAUCCGUCGUCGGAUUUGCUGUAGAUCUCGGAAACAUUUGGCGGUUCCCAUAUCUUUGUUUUAAAAAUGGAGGAGGAGUCUUCCUGAUUCCUUACUCCAUUAUGGUCCUUCUCACCGGCGUUCCCUUAUUUUAUAUGGAAUUGUGUUUGGGACAAUAUUAUAGAAAAGGAGCAAUCACAACGUGGGGAAGAAUAUGCCCAUUGUUCAAAGGAAUUGGAUAUUGUGUUAUUCUGACUGCAUUUUAUGUCGACUUCUUUUAUAACGUCAUUCUUGCAUGGGGACUUCAUUAUCUUUAUACUUCCUUUAGUUUCAAUCUCCCAUGGGCAUCAUGUAACAACACUUAUAAUUCGGCUGCUUGCUAUGAACCUCACUGGUCUGAAGACGGAACAACAAUGUGUCGGAGUGCAAAUGAAUCUGUCUCUGCUGAAAAAAUUUCAGCUGCUGAAGAAUAUUUUUAUAAGGGAUUUCUGGGACUUCACGAAGCGAAUGCUCCAAACUCUCAUGUCAUUCGAAGUGUUACCGAUCUGGGAAGUGUUCGUUGGGAUAUUGCGCUCUCUCUAUUCGUUGUCUAUCUGAUCUGCUAUUUUUCAAUGUGGAAAGGAAUUCACACUUCCGGAAAAGUUGUCUGGUUUACUGCUCUUUUCCCAUAUGUUGUACUUGGUAUUCUAUUUAUUCGAGGAGUAACUCUUCCCGGAUGGCAGAAGGGAAUCGAAUAUUACCUUCGUCCAAAUUUUGAGAUGCUCAAGAGACCAUCUGUCUGGCAGGAUGCUGCAACCCAAGUGUUUUUCUCUCUUGGACCUGGAUUCGGAGUUCUUAUGGCGUAUUCAUCUUAUAAUGAUUUCCACAAUAACGUUUAUGUCGAUGCCCUCUUCACCUCCUUCAUCAACUGUGCCACCUCUUUCCUCUCCGGAUUCGUCAUUUUCUCAGUUCUCGGAUAUAUGUCAUGCAAAUCUGGAAAACCAAUUGAGGCAGUAGCUCAAGAAGGACCCGGACUCGUGUUCGUUGUCUAUCCGGAAGCACUUUCCACUAUGCCGUAUGCUCCGUUUUGGUCGGUUCUCUUUUUCUUGAUGCUCAUGACUCUCGGAUUGGAUUCUUCGUUCGGUGGAUCUGAAGCAAUCAUCACUGGUCUCUCUGAUGAAUUCCCUAUUUUGAAGAAGAAUCGAGAGAUUUUUGUCGGAUGCCUCUUCUCUUUCUACAUGAUUAUCGGAACCGCAAUGUGUACUGAUGGUGGAAUAUUGAUAAUGGAAUGGUUGAUCAUUUACGGAACCACUUGGGGCCUUCUGAUUGCUGUCUUCUGUGAGGCAAUGGUUAUCGCCUACAUUUAUGGACUCCGCCAAUUCGUGCGUGACGUCAAAGAGAUGAUGGGAUUCAGACCAGGAAACUACUGGAAGUUCUGUUGGAGUUGUGCUGCCCCCGCGAUUCUUUUGUCAAUGAUCAUAUCGAACUUCAUAAAUUAUCAAGCGCUCACCUACCAAGACUACAAAUAUCCGACAGCAGCCAACGUGAUAGGAAUCAUUUUCGCGCUCUCCGGCGCCUCGUUUAUUCCGUUCGUAGGGAUCUACAAGUUUGUGAAUGCAAGGGGGAACACCAUGUCCGAGAAAUGGCAGCGAGUGACAAUGCCGUAUCGUAAACGACCCAACCAAACCGAGUAUAUUCCGAUUCCCACCACUCAGCCACACUGUGACAUUAUGCUUUGA